GGAAGAUGGGCGUGGAGGUGGAACCAGAGUAUGUGUUUGGUGUACGAGGUGAGGUACAUGGGUGUGUGGUACACACGGACCCAGACACAGUAGUGUACCCUGCUGGAGCCUUCCUGGUACUGCACAACACCACCACACACCAACAACAAUUCAUCAGCAUCGCUGAAGAGGCUACACCCACCGUUAUAGCCAUCUCGCCGAAAAGACAGUAUCUAUGUGUGUGCCGGGCAGGGGAGAGCCCAGCAGUCAGCGUGUGGGACGUGGUAGCCCGCAAACGACUCCGGUUCUUGAGCUGCGGUGAGAUGACCAGUGAGAAGUACGUGGCCGCUGCCUUUAGUCCAGACGAAAGAAUGGUAGCUGCUCAGGGAGGAGCCCCGGAGUGGACUCUCGUGCUGUUUCUCUGGGAGAAGGGCAAGGUGUUCUCUGUGCUGCGUCUGAGUGACAUGCCAGGCCUGGGUCCCGUAGCUUCUCUCAGCUACCAUCCUGAGGACAACGGCGUUAUCUCCGUGGUGGGGGAGAGAGUCUUCAAGCUCUUCAGACUCAAUGACAAACUUCUCAAGACUUGGGGGUACCAGGGAGGACAGAACCACAACUGUCAGUGUCAGGAAUGGGCAGACCAACACACACUGCUGGUGGGAACGGAGGCAGCUACCGUGCUGCUGCUGGAGGAGGGAGAGCUCAGGAACGAGAUCCACAUCACCGACCCAGAGUUGGGACCGGAGUGUGAGAGACGGUCCCCUGGUGAGGGUGUGGUGGCUCUGGCUGGCAGGAGUCCUGGACCUAAACAUCGUCGAGUUACAGCUCUCAUGGUGUUCACUGGAGGCUUCCUCUGUGCCUGCGGCCCAGACAAGGUCUUCGUCUUCCAGAAAAGUGACGAUCUUAACGAACAUUACUUUCAGAGGUACAUGCUGCGUCUGUGUGAGCCAAGCCCAGCAGCACUCGUGAGUGGUCGAGGGGAGCACAAUAUUACAGUGCUCUCUCUCUCCCCCGGGGAGAAGACCAUCGUAGCUGCUGCACACACUGGCCAGCUCUUCACCAACCCUUUGCCCAGUUUAGAAGCCUCAAAGCUGCCGAGCUUGGUGUUCUCGCCUCUACACGCGCGCCAUCAUCAAGGUGGGAUAGUGGACGCUGACUCGUGUCUCUGGAAGCCCUUCUUGGUGACUGGAGGAGAGGACAGGACCCUGCGUGUGUGGGACUACCAACGUCACACACUCCUCCUCACACACACCUUCAGGGAUGAUAUCUUCUCCCUCUCCCUGCACCCAACAGGGCUGCAUGUGGCGGUGGGUCUGACGGAGGCGCUGAGGUUGUACCACCUGCUGUUCGACUGUGUGCGCAGUUACAGCGAAGUGCGCACCAGGAGGUGUGAGGUAUGCACCUUCUCCCCCAGUGGUCACCUCCUGGCCUCCGCUGAUGGCAACCUCCUCAUCAUCACCUCCAACAUCACCCUCAAGCGAGUGUUCACCCUCAAGGGGCACUCAACCAAGGUAACAGGUGUGGGUUGGUACCCAGACAGUUGUGGUGUGAUGUCAUGUAGCAGUGACGGUGCAGUGGUAGGAUGGGACCUGCGUCUAGGACAAUCUAUCUGGCAGGUAUCGUCGUUAACGUCUGCGAGAUAUCUGACGGCGACACUGUCGCUAGACGGGAAGCCCACUCUCCUGGCAGGCCAUGCUGCAGCCUUCAUGGAGAUCACCGGUGGACAGCUGCUGCAAGAGAUGAAUUACGAGGGAGGAGGUGAGAUUGUUAGUGCUGGGGUGGCUGCAGUGAAGACACUCAUGGUGCUGGGGACCUCCUCUGGUCGCCUACUCCUCAACAAGUUUCCUCUCCACAUGGCUCAAGACUUUACAUCCCUGGCAGCUCACAGCGCUCCUCUUGUCAAGGUGGUCGUGACGGGUGACGAGAGUAAAGUAGUGACGUGUGGUGGUGAUGGUGUGGUGCUGGUGUGGAGGGUGGCACCACUCUCAGACAAGUGCCCAGGAUUCCUUGCAGCCAGGGACAGGCUCGAUGACCUCCCCGUCGUGCUGGAGCUCUUGGUCUCCCGCUCUGACCUGCAGAGUACCAGGGAACAUGUAGAGGAGCUUGAGAAGCGAGUGUCUUACCUCACACGAGACAAGGAGGUGCACCUUAACCUGCAGCAGCAGGAGUUCUCUGCUAGCAGGGAGGCUCUCGUCGCCCGCUACCAGACUAUCGUAGACCACAUGAACAACAACAUACAGACGCUAGAGAGGGAGCGGGAGAGCCUGAAGGAAAGUCACAAGGAAGCGCUGUCAUUGCUGAAAUAUGAGCACCAGGGGGUGUUGGCAGAGCACCAGCAGGAGCUGAGGAAGAAGCUGCUCUACGAGUACUCUAAGCAAGACAACCUUGGAGGCUAA